AUUUGGAGUUGUGUUGCAGAACAGAGGAAGAAUGGAGACACAACCUUUAGCAAGAGGUGGGAGCUGUGGGGAGAUCUGGGCAAGAACUGGGCAGAAGACCCUGGAGGCGGAAACCCUCCAUGCAGAAGUUCAGCCCUGGAACUGCAGGAGCGUCCAAUACCAGGAGGCCGAGGGUCCCCGAGGACUUUGCAGCCGGCUCCACUCCUUGUGCAGUCGAUGGUUGAGAGCAGAAAAGCACACCAAAGCGCAGAUGCUGGACCUGGUUGUUCUGGAGCAGUUCCUGGCCCUGCUGCCCCUGCAGGUGGAGCGCUGGGUGCGGGAGUGUGGAGCAGAGACCAGCUGCCAGGCGGUGGCCCUGGCCGAGGGCUUCCUCCUGAGCCAGGCGGAGGAGCAGAAGGAGCAGGUCGGGUUGCAGUCCUUCACUGUGGAGAUCAGAGAUCCCGAGGGAAGGAGGAAUCCAUCCAAUCCCCCUCCGGAGAUGUUUUUCAGGGGGAUCUCUCAGGAAGAUCCAGGUCAGGACACCUCAGCAGGGAAGACUCAAACAAAGUUGACUGCUCUAUACGGUGGAGCUGAAACACUUGUUGGACCUCCAAGUCAAGGGGGUCCUGUGUCCUUCGAGGAGGUGGCUGUGUGUUUCUCCGAGGAGGAGUGGUCUCUCCUGGAUCCUCACCAAAAAGCCCUACAUUGGGAAGUCAUGCUGGAGAAUUGUAGGAACGUGGCCUCUCUGGGUAAUCAAGGGCAGAACAACAAAGAUUCCAGUGAACCAUUCCAGAUGAUCAGGCAUGGAGAUGGAUUCACUGGAGAGGGCUUGGUGCAAACUAAACUGGAAGUUUCCCAACGGAACAGGAUUGGGCUCUUAGCUUCAGAUACAGACACUGGGGAGAUGUUCGUGAGGACUCUUAACACCUUUGCUGAACUCGAAAAGGAUAAAAUGUCAAAACCUUCAACUACUUCUCUCUCUGACAUCAACACUUUUGUGGAGACAGUGUUUCACUGCUUAUUCUUCAAGCCAGAAUUGUCUAGAAAAGGGCAGACCAGGUGCAAAGAAUCAGAGAAGCUGGAGACCCUGGUCCAGAAUAUCCCUGAAGAAACAUUUUAUCUGGACAACUACAACAUGUAUCACACUGUGCAGGCUGCGGCGUGUGCCUUCAAUGCUGCCUGUUCAUCCAGAGCCAAGUGA